CUGGUUUUGAGACUUCGCCCGGAGAGUGAGGAAGCCCUGAAUCAAGUGAUGCGAGACAUGAGCUCUGAGCUCGAGGCAUCCAGCGUCAUGGCCAUGUUGGAAUCCACUCCGUGGCGAAGGGCGGCGUACUACCGGCCCCGCUGCAUUGUCCGGCUACAGCUCGAGCAGCGAGGCUGCGUAGAGGCCUCCGUGCUCGCGGAGUGGUGGCUUCAGCAG